AUGAAGUUCACCAUCGCCACCUCCCUUGCGGCCCUUGCAGGCGCCGCCAUGGCCAAGGACACCGGAACCUUCGCUGUCCUGCGCUUCAAGGGCAAGGAGUUGACCAAGGGCCGCAUGGAUCCCAUCAUCACCCCCGGCGAGACCUUCCACCACGUCCACAGCGUCAUGGGUGGCAGUGGCUUCAGCAUCAGCGCCACUGGCAAGGACAUGCAGAACUCCAAGUGCAGCAACGCCCUCGUCAAGGGAGACAACAGCGCCUAUUGGUUUCCUUCGCUCUACUUCCACGAUCCCAAGACCGGCGAAUUCGAAUCCGUCGACCUCUACUACUUCAACGCCUACUACUUCUUCGAGGCAACCAAUGAUGAUAUCAAGCCCUUCCCCCUCGGCCUCAACAUGGUAGCAGGUGACGCCAUGACCCGCGUCAUGCCCAAAACUGGUGCCAAGGCCAACCUCGACCCUUCAAAGGGACCCGUCAACCCUGCCCGGAUGACCUGCCCUCGUUUGCAGAAUAUCUAUGACCCCCCGUCCUGGAAGCCUGAUUCAGACGGUACCACGGCCGGAGUCGGCGAUUCAAUCAACCUGGGUGAGGGUGUGGGCUUCCCUUAUCGAACUUGUGACGGCUUGUAUUCUCCUCUCCGUGCCGAUAUUCAUUUCCCUUCUUGCUACAACCCCGACGCCGGCCUCACCAACUACAAGACGAACAUGGCGUUCCCCGAAGACAAUAAUGGAAAGCUGGACUGCCCUGAAGGAUAUACCCAUGUUCCCCAACUUUUCUACGAGGUGUACUGGGACACUCAAAAGUUCCAGGGCCGUUGGGAAGAAGGAAAGGAAAAGGACCAGCCCUUUGUCUUCUCCAACGGUGAUGUCACUGGCUAUAGCAGUCACGCUGAUUUCCUGGCUGGUUGGGACGAGGACCUCCUCCAGCACAUCAUCGACACUUGUGACACGGGCACCGGUGGCAUGGACAAGUGCGAGGGUCUGUUCUACGGCUUGAACGAGGACGAGUGCACCAUCGAAUCCGAGAUCGACGAGAAGGUCUCUGGCACCCUGAGCAAGCUCCCCGGCGACAACCCCCUCAGCGGCUUCCAGUAUGGCAGCGGUAGCUCCGACGAUUUUUCCAACGACGAUGACUCGACUGCAACUAGCAGCAGCAAGGCUUCGGGGGGCGAGAACACCGUAAGCUCAUCUGUCGCAUCUUCCACCGUCAAGGAUGUUGCCUCCGAUAAGACCACGACCAAGUAUGCUGCCGCGGAUAAGACCAUUGCAGAGGCGCCCACCCAGGUGACCGACUCCGCUGACGCUGUCGCAACCUCAUCUGAGGCUGUUUCUUAUUCAGAGGCUCCCGAAGCCGUCACCGCCAGCUCUGAAUCCGAAGAUGCCAAGGCCACGAGCCUCUACAGCAGCCCUGACAAGACCACAUGCAUACGCAAAACUCACACUGUCUGGAACACCGUCACUGUCACCGAGACGGCUGAGAGCGCUCCCACCCAGACCGACAAUAUCUACAAGAGGGAUAGCGUUCGACGACACAUGCACAACCAUGUUCGAGGUCGCUACUGA